AUUCCAUUCCUUUCUUCUCUUAGGUGCUGUCGCCCCAGUCCUGCCUCCCUUCGUACUCUGCUCCUGGAGCAGUUUCUCCUGCCCGCUUCUGCCUGCCACGUGAGGGACGUCCCCGGGCCUGCCGCGAGCGCUAGGGGGUUCGUGCCACUAGCAGCCUGCCGCGGCGCGCGCUUUCUAGUGCUGCCGCUCGGGCUUCGGCGUAACCAAAGCCCUGGCCCCGUAGCUUUCCUGGGCAACUCGAGCUUAGUGCCUCAUUGCCCAGCAGCGGAUUUGUCACCUCCUGCUGCAGCAGCUGCUGCAGCUGCAGCAACAUCGGCAUCAGCUGCGGGAGCAACCACCACGGGCAGCUGGAGUCAGAGAAAAGCGGAGUGGAGAAGACCGAGGUGGGGGCUGAGGGGGGGUGGGUGGAGUGCUGGUGAGCUGGACUGGAGAAGAGGGAGGAUAGAAGGAAGAUCAGGGCUAGCAAAAAGGGGGAUGCUCAGCCCUCCCCCCUGUCUCCUUCCGGGAGGGAGGAUGCAGACUCUGAAACUGGCGCUGCUAGGCUGAGGCUGGAGCAUUGGAGGUGCAGCGCUGCUCCGAGUGUGUAUGUGUGUGUACGCGUGUGUGCGUGUGUCUCCUGUGCAUAAAGAGGUGAGGGGAGGGGGAGGAAGAGGAGGAGGAGGAGGAAGAGGAGGUGGCGGUGGUGGCGGUGGAGGAGGAGAAUGCCAGGAGCAGCAGCAGCAGCAGCAGCCGCCGCCGCUAUGCUCCCAGCUCAGGAGGCUGCUAAGCUCUAUCACACCAACUAUGUACGGAACUCCCGGGCCAUUGGCGUGCUCUGGGCCAUCUUCACCAUCUGCUUUGCCAUCGUCAACGUGGUGUGCUUCAUCCAGCCCUACUGGAUUGGGGACGGCGUGGACACUCCUCAAGCGGGCUAUUUCGGGCUCUUCCACUACUGCAUCGGGAACGGCUUCUCCAGGGAACUGACCUGCCGGGGCAGCUUCACGGACUUCUCCACCCUGCCCUCCAGCGCCUUCAAAGCUGCCUCCUUCUUCAUCGGGCUCUCCAUGAUGCUCAUCAUUGCCUGCAUCGUCUGCUUUACCCUUUUCUUCUUUUGCAACACGGCCACCGUCUACAAAAUCUGUGCCUGGAUGCAGCUCACCUCCGCUGCCUGUCUUGUACUUGGCUGUAUGAUUUUCCCUGAUGGCUGGGAUUCAGACGAGGUAAAACGGAUGUGCGGUGAAAAGACAGACAAGUACACACUUGGGGCUUGUUCAGUCCGCUGGGCGUACAUCCUGGCUAUUAUUGGAAUCUUGGAUGCCCUGAUCCUCUCUUUUCUGGCAUUUGUGCUUGGUAACCGACAAGACAGUUUGAUGGCAGAGGAACUGAAGGCAGAAAACAAAGUUCUGCUAAGCCAAUAUUCUCUAGAAUGAGCACAAAACAACAUGAGUAACAGCUUUUAUACAUCAACAUCGAGUGGGAGGAAGCUUAGGAGAGGACCGAAGAAAAAGAUGAAUGUGGACAAGUGUGAAACACCCGACUGUCAAGAACUUCGUUCUAAAUCUGGAUCAGCAAACGUGGAAGGGAUUCUUGGGAGAGAGAAAGGAAGAGGGAGAGAGGAGGAGAGAGACAAAGAGAGAUGCUAUCAUGGAUUAAACACCAGCUCAUUAGAAAUUGUCAUUGAAUAAGAUCUUCAGAAGAAGUGCAUGAGAAGUCACAUUCGGGAAACAUUUUAAAAACUGGGGGACGUAGUUGUUGCUAGAUUAACAUGUAAAAUAUAUAUAUGUAUUGAAAAAGGUUUGUAAAUUGUCCUUUUUUAAUUAAACUGGAAAAACAAAAAGCUUUAAACUUUCAACAUUAUAGAGGCAGUCAAUUCCAAACUAUUCUUAUCUCAGUAGCCAAGAGACUGAUCAAGUGUCAUUUAUUAAGGAAGCAUCAUAUUAAAUAAAUCUGGAUGUUCUCAUCACGUAGGAGACAUGACUUUUACAUGUCUGACCCUCAUUUAUUUCACAGUGUAAUUAGUUAUAAGUACUUGGUUAUUCACAAAUGUAAAGCUUCUAACUUUUUACAAUGUCUGUGUUGUUUAAUCUGUCUGUAAAACUUAACUAUAUUGAGAAAGUGAUUUGGGCAGAUUCUCUGCCAAGCUGUACAGGACAGAAAAUACAACUGGUGGAUAGCCUAGGUUCCCAAGCCACCUAGACUUCUCUGUCUUUGGGCAACAGCAACAAGGAUCUCUGAACAAUACAGAAAUCACAUUUCCACCUUGAAUGCUCACAUGUAAUAUAUAGGCUGCUAAUAAAUACUUUUCUAUUUCUUCCUAGUACAUACAUAGGAAAUUAAUAUACUUUAUAAGUAGGUAUCUAAGACCUCUCUGAUUUUCUUUUCUGCAUAACAUCCAAGGCUCAUAAGCUGUAUUAACCUAACCUAAGGCACUCCUCUUUGUUUGUUUAAAAGAUUCUAAUCAACCAAAUCUAUUCCUAAAAGAUACUACAUGGUUCUAACAGAACACUUAACUUUAUAGCUUUAGGAAUCAAUGACAAUAGGCAUAUAUAAGGUCAAAGAAGCUUAUUAAGAAUAAGUUGCCUUUCUGUUUUUACUAAUUUGAGAUUCAAAACAUGCAAACAUUUUUAUUGGUUGUUUCGCAUUUAGAAGUAGUUAUAAACUAAGCAGAUUUUUAAAAACGUUUGAUCUUUUUUUAUGCAUAUUCCAAUAAUUGACCCAAUAGAACCAUCCCUUUUAACAACAACAACAACAACAGUUUGGCAAACCAAUCAAUAGUUAAUAGAGAAUUCGGCAUCCCACACCUGUAAUUCUCUACCCCUAUACGGAGAGGAUUAGAAGGUUGUUUCAUUACCUGUCCUCCAUUAUCAAAAUUGGUCAUCUAAGUGGUUUUUUAAAACAAUUUAUUGUCUCUCCCCUCCCCUUAGAAGACUUCACACACACACACACACACACACACACACACACACACACACACACACACCACCCAAUCCCAACAAUAACGAUAAAGAAACAUUAAUAAAGAAAUAACUGGGUUCCCUGCAAAUCUAAUUAAAUACAAGUUAAAAUGUACAUGCUGAAAUAAUCAGCAUAAGUUUAACCAUGCAUUUUAUAGGGCUUAAAAGUAUAGACUCCUGCAUAUAGCACCGUUUCAUCCAUAGUCUCUAAAUUAGAGUAAAUCAACCAAACUGUAAUUUAAUAAUCCAGUGAAGCAUACUAAAUCUAGUCAUUCUGUCUGUUAUUGAAGUAAACCUAGAUAGAGUAGGAUAUGAGAAGUGGUACGAAUAGGCUCACUUUCUCUUGCCGUUUAUCAGUGAGGACCGCGCUGAGUAGUUUGCAGAGUGGUAUGUUUUCCAAGUGUUUCUUAGUUUCACUGUCAUUAUGGUAUUCAACCCAUUCCUGUUAUGCCCCAGCUCAAGAAAACUCAAUUUACAAAACAUGAUGAUUUACCAAAUCUCUUAAUUACAGGCUGAUUCUUCACUGUACAAAAGAAUUCAACCCCAUAGGCUUCCUCUAAGGAGCCAACCCCACUCACUCAUUUCUAACAGCCAAGUGCAAAGUCUCUAUCUACACACAACUUUCCAAGAAGACAUCUGCUCCACAAAGGGAGGUGCCCCUGUACGUUUUCUGCAGCUGAAACCGAAGGCCCUGGCUUUCUGUAUUCUGUGUAAAUUACUAAACACAUGUAGAGUUACGCAUCCCUAACGGUGAUGUCAAAAUUGUAUAAUGAAAAAUGCACUUUCUAGUCACAUGCGAACAUUGUGGGGAAUGGGGGGGGGGGGGAGUCUUAAAAGUUGCUGUGAAAAUUUAGUGUGAUUUCACAUUACACUUCCUAGUGCUCCGAUGAAAGGCCAGUGACAAUGUACCAUUUGUACAUAGACCAAACAAAAUGUUACAAAUACGUAAAUCACUAAAUGUGAAUUGAGUAUGACAUACAUUUUUAACUUUUUAAAAGGUGACUCCCUUUCUCAUUCUGUUCCCAUUGUACCUCGUCCAAAACGUUGUGUGUAAGUUUUUUUAAGGUCCAGGAAAUGUAAAGAAAAUUGUUGGAAUACCUGACUUUCUGUAUAAAAAUAAAAAUAAGUUUUUGUUACUAAGAA